GAGGCCGUCGCCGCGUCGCUAUUGGCCUAAUGGCAUCACGUGGGCCGUCGCGCCGCCGGGCGCUGGCGGCGUUUGUUUACGAUCGCGCUCCAUCGCCAUUUUCGCCAGAAGCAAAGGCAAGAAGCCUAGUCGUUCUGUGCGCCAACAGGCUUGAAUUCGCGGGCACGCGAAACUGCGAUCACCGCAGAUUACCCCCAUUCAAGAGUUCAAGGCCGUCCUCAGGCUGGAAGUGCGGUCAUCACGGUCAGCCUGUCGUUGAGCUCCCAAUUACAAUAUCUUCGUGAAAACAAAUCAGAACGCGCUACGACGAAGCCCGAAUGGAACCCAGCUACCUGUGUGUCCCGUGCACCAAGCCCAGCGAUGUCACAUGCGACUUGCUCUACCACAGAGAAGCCAUCAACAAAGUGCUCCUUGGCGCUGGGCUAGAACUAUGCGAAGACACCCGACACGCCGGUGGCACCCGCCUGGCAGUGACUCAGUUUUUCUAUCACGCCUAUCACCUCUGGGCUCAGGAGGAAGACUUGGAUGACAAUGAAGAGGGCGAUUAUUGGCGAGCGCUCAAGCUCUCCGCUGAUCUGCUCACGUCCCACCACUGUUUCACUUCCUUAGAAUUGUACGCCACCGAUUGCUUCACGUUCCAGGUGCAAGAGGCCCUCACGCUGAGUUGCACCUUGAAAAGUUUGACUGUGUACUUACUAUAUGUCAACUCUUGGGGGACUGGCUAUUACUCCAAUGUCUUCUGGCUCGUCAAGACUCUGCAAUCACUCGAGGAGCUCGUCUUCAAAACCAUGAUCGAACCGUGCUGCUCGCUAGAUAACUGUGACAGUGAAGGGCUUCUGCCACAAGCUCUGAGGAAUCUCACGACGCUUGAUGUCAGAAAUCUGGAAAUGAGUCCACAAUAUGGGCAUCAGUUUGUUUGGGCGCUCAUUGAAAGCACCACCGUAGCCGAGCUAGCUGUCGGAGAUUGCGUGUACAGAUCAGGCCCCUACGGCGAACCCGGGAAACUAUUUGCCCAAUACCUGACCAAGACUUCCGCCACCCUGAAGAAGCUGACGCUGAGUGACGGCUUCGUUUGCGAUAACAUAGUUCUUUGGAUGACAUUGAUCGCAGCGCUAUGGAAAACGACCACAUUGGAAGCCCUGACUCUGGAAGUGACCAUUGGACACGGGAUCUUCACAGAAGUGAGCGCUCUGUUCGCCGAAGUGGUUCUUCGUUGCCCUGCCCUACGAGUCCUCAUGCUACCUUGGCCAGAACAUUGCUACCGCGAACAGUUCCUGAAUGGCUGCCCAGUAUCGCGAUAUGGCGUGGAGCAGUGGAUGGUGCCCUGGCUGACGGCUAUCAGGACCUCCGGACUGCACCAGCUGGGCAUCUAUUUGCCGGGCAUGGACAAAGUGCAGUGUCGCACUCUAUUGCAAGCUGUCGCUGACAACAAGACGUUGAUGAACAUGGAGCUCGACGAAGUGCCGCUGAUCAUGAAUAAUAGCACAGACAGUAACAAUCUGAUGUUCCUGUCCAAAACUAUCCAGGACUUAAGUCUCGGGGACCGCGUUCGCCUCAUGAACCUUUACGUGACCUUUGAGAACGCACCCAAGAUAUUGGCAUCCGCCGAACUUCCCACCGUGAACUUCGACAACCUCUGUAUCGAUUUCACUGAAGAACGGGACCUGGAUCCUAUAUUGGCAUGCGGCGAGGCGCUCUCUCGCCGCGGUACCGUAACAAUAAUUACGAUCUACUGCACAUUGAUGCGUCAACCCGCGUUCGGCGCCUUGUUGGAUUGGCUUGCCCAGUCGUCCACACUGACCCACAUGAAAGUCGUCGCCUGUAAACACGGAGGGACAGAGAGGUUAUGUGGUUGCUGCGACGACAUGUACCAUUCGGUGGUCGAGGCGCUGUCGAAGAACGCCAACAUCGCUAGCAUAGGUUUGUAUGGCGUCAGUGUACAAUCGAAACACCUCCACAUGCUCUUGCGCUGCGCUCGCAAGCAUCGAAAUCUCAUCGAGAUCAGCCUGGAUGCAGCUUGCAAAGACGCCGACACGUGGAACCUGUGUAGUUCGUCGGGGAUGAACGUCUACGUGACCGUCAUGAGGUGCAGCGCGCUCAGCGUCUGCCGCUACUUUUUCUUGCCGCAUCGAAAUGGUCGGCUGCAAAGCGCGCAGGACUCGGCCGGCUUGGUCACACAGCGUGGCGCCAUCUCUCGAGGCGCUGCGAAACCCGCGCCGUGGAUCAUGGUCCGCUGGCAUUGAGAAGAGCACAGGCAACCCUAUCUCAGCGCCAUAAGAUGACAAUCAAGUUUAUGGUGCCCUGUAUCUGCCCUUUGAAUGUCGCUAUUGGAAACGACAAAUAAAACUUCAGCAUACUAGAAGUUGCAACUUGAGUGAUAUUAUGAACAAACAUUAGGAAGAAAUCGAAUAAACAAGCUUUAUUGAAUUCGCAGAUGGGUCCUAUACCUAGACGUCCGCCAUGAAAUCGGAAGCAACAUUUUUUGUAACUCGUUUGGGCAGUAACUAGCGUAUGUAAUGCGGUCCUGUAUAAGGGUUGGGGGCCAGAGACCGCAUUUUCUUAACUUUUGGCUGGUUGCCCGGAUGAUCUCCUUUUGUUCUCGCAAUGACAAUCGGAUGUUCUCGCUUGAGUGCCCGAAUAACGGCUCUAGCUUUUCGCUCAAGGUCACUUGAAGGUCGCGGACAACGAGCACUAAAAGCAUUUCACGCUUAAUAAUGUGAGAACAUAGAGCAACAUACACAUCUGCGCAUAU